ACCUGCUGGCUUGGAUGUGCUGUGAUUGUAACCGCUUUGUGAUUGUGCCCCAGUUGCUCUAACCUAAUCAGAAUCGGAAUAAACAUAUAUAAUACAGAAACACUAAUCGAUCAGACUAACCGACUCAUAGACAUGUUGAUUGAGCCGACUUUAAACCGUGACCUUGGCUCGCUAACUGUCGCAAAUUCUGGCCUCUCGGCCGCGCACUGGAAAAUGGAGCCCCAUCCCCAACGCAUCACAUCGCUGGCCCCUCACGCCUCCAGUGUGGCGGCGGCAUCGGUGGCAGUGGCAGCAGCAGCAGCGGCGGCGGCAGCAGCGGGAUCCGGAUCGGGAGCUCCGGCCUCAUCACCCACAUCUGUGCAAAUACCGCCGGGCUUCGGCGGGAGCUCAGGAAGCAGCAGCGGCGGCGGCGGGGGUGGAGUUCCUCCGCCCGGAACGACAGCCGCGGGAAGCACCUUGAACAGCCUGAUGUCGCAGCACCGGCUCCUGGAGUUCUCCCGGUUCGGUGGCCUCCGCGGUUACGACAUCGCCCAGCACAUGCUCACCCAGCAGGGAGCUGUCUCCAAGUUGCUAGGCUCGCUGCGACCACCGGGCUUAAUUGGUGGUUCGAAGCCGAAGGUGGCCACGCCGACAGUCGUCUCCAAGAUCGAGCAGUACAAGCGCGAGAAUCCGACGAUCUUCGCCUGGGAGAUACGCGAGCGCCUGAUAUCCGAGGGUGUCUGCACCAAUGCCACCGCUCCAUCGGUGAGCAGCAUCAACCGCAUCCUGCGCAACCGGGCCGCCGAGCGGGUGGCCAGCGAGUUUGCUCGCACCGCCGCCUACGGGCUGUACCCUCCGCCCCCGCACCCCUACGGCAGCUUCACUUGGCAUCCGGCAGCAGCGGCCGCUGCGGCAGGUGGCCAAGGAGUGCCUCCUCCUCCGCCCCCAUCCGCGCUGUGGUCCGUGGCGGCUCCCACGCUGGCGAAUCUGCCGCCCAGUGCCGCCAGUGCGAUGCCGAAUGCCUCGACUUGCGGUUCCCUCAGCUCUGCGCACCUUAUGGCGGGCGCGGGUGCGGUGGGAGGUGGUGUUCCCAGCAAUCGGGCCAUUUCCCCCGGUUCGGGCAGCCACGACACCCUGGAGUCGGCCGACGAGAACAGACACAUUGAUUCCGAUUACCUGGACGACGACGAUGAGCCCAAGUUUCGCCGAAACAGGACCACCUUCAGUCCGGAGCAGCUGGAGGAGCUGGAGAAGGAGUUCGACAAGAGUCACUAUCCCUGCGUGAGCACCCGGGAGAGGCUUUCCAGUCGCACCAGCUUGAGUGAAGCACGAGUUCAGGUCUGGUUCUCCAAUCGCAGGGCCAAGUGGCGUCGCCACCAGCGGAUGAAUCUCCUGAAGCGACAGCGCUCCAGUCCCGCCAACCCACUGCACUCCCAGCAGUCCAACGAUGGCCCUCCGGCCAGUUCGCCCACGCCCAGCAACCACAGUAGCAGUGCCUCCACCUCGGCGCCCGUGGCUGCGGCCCCGCCCCCUCAACAGCCGCUGCCCAUUCUGGCGGACCACCACUCGCCCCAAGCCCCGCCUCCGCCGGCGGUGAUGUUGCACACGUUGCACGGACCGCCAGCAGGCCACCAUCCCCUGCAGCAUCAUCCCCUGCAUCUGCCCACGCACCCGGCGGCCCUGCAACUUCUGAGCCACUACCACCAGCAGCAGCAACAGCAGCAACAUCAGCAGCAGCAACUGUCGCCCACGGGGUGCAGUCCCGUGUCGAUGGGCGGGGAGAGGAGUGCCUUCCGCAGCCUGGUGAGCUCCCCCUCGGCGGCCGCCUUCCUAGGUCUGGCCAGGCAGUAUGCCGUGGCCGCCUCUCUGACCGCCGCCGAGGAGCAACGAUCCCGUCUGCACUACUCCCCUGCCGGCGGACGAGGCGAGGUAGCUGGCGAGACAGGUGGAACGGGAGCGGGUGCGGGACUGGGAUCUGGAGCUGGAGCCGGCUCAACCAUGACCGUGGACAACUCGUCGUCCGACUCGGAUGAGGAGAUCAACGUACACGACGAUUCCGAUGGUGAAAUUGAGUCGCCGGCGAUGGCGGUGGCAGCAAAGGUGGCCCGCCUGUCAUCCUCCGAUGCGCCGGCUACGUUGCAGUUCCUAAAGCAUGACCAUCGUUAGAGAGGCUCAGAUCGGUAGGGGCGGAGCAGCGGCAGCAGUGGCGGCGACAUCUAAUUGAAAACUUGAGUUGUGCGCGCGUCUGUGAUUGACAGCAAGAGCAGCAGCAGCAGCAGCAAUAGCAACAUAAGAGGCAGCAACAGCGUCUGAAAUUGCAACAGCAACAGGGAGGAGACGAAGGAGGAGGAGCAGCUGGAGGAGGAGGAGCUGGAGGGCGGUGCUGGAGGUGCGUGUUUGGGUAGCGAAACACGAGAAGCCGACUACAUUGUAGGCAAAACAAAUCGAAAAACCAAAGUUAAAAUGCUGCUCACCUACUUGGCUGCGGUUGGGGGUCGCGAAAAGCAAAGCAAAGGCAGCGGCUUAGCUGAAGAUUAGCUGAAAAUGUAACUAAUACUAUACAGUACACGCUCGUCCCAUUUUCAUAAUGCACAGACAUACAUAUCUAUUUAAACAAAACGUACCCGUACGGCAUAAUUAUAAUGCAUAUUUGUUCAGUUCAGUUCAGUUCAGUUCAGUUUAGUUGAGUGCGCCGGCUGCCGACUUACCUCAUCACCAUUUAAGGCUAUAGCAUAUGCAAUAUAUAGACGUAGAGAUAGGACACUCUAUCUGCAACUCUAACUUGUAACUUUUAACUUGUAGCUUGUAACUCUAGCCGUAAGCCUACACUAUUUAUGAAGAGUUUGGUUGCGUUUGAACUGAUAUUUGGUAGUGGCGGACGUGAGCAGAGUGCGUAAGUGUUUAAGGCUCAAACUGAGUGAGAAACCAAUAAAGACGACAAGUGUAAGAAAUCAAA